GUCCCAGUCAGCCAGUUCGUAGUUUCGUAGAAAAAAAAAAUCAAAAAGCCGAAGCUUUCAAUUAUGGACGUUGUUUUUUUUGUUUUUAAUUUUAAUUGAAUUAUAUUUUGUAGUAAAGGAUAUAGUUUAUCGAAAGUACAUAAUAUAAAUAAUUUCGUGUGUGGUAAAUAUAUAUAGUAUGAAGCAAGUAUUAUGAGAAUACCAUAGCUAUUUUUCUUGUACCGUGAGCUCUAUUUCUAUCGUGUUGGAAUUAUUUGAAGAGUGUAAUUUGGCAUAGUUAAACCUGAAAUACCCUUUCAACAUGUUCAAGAUUAGAUGAAGAUUAGAGGAAAUUAUAAUGGACGUCUCUGAGGCCGCGACGCCGUCGUUGCAAACUUACAACAACUUGAUACUUUCCAAGAGUGCCGAGGACAGUGGAUACCAUACAUCGUUUACUCCGGGUUCAAUAGACCUUACGAGGAUCUCAAAUGAAAGUCCGUCUCUGCUUUCACCAAAGUUUGUUAUCACUGGCCAUGGUCAUAUUAAAGUUGCCAAAUCUUGCGAUUUUCAUCGAGAUCAAAGACAUAAUUACUCAACAUUAUCUUCAACAAUCAAUGAUUUUGUAGAUAAGCUUACUCCACAAAGACGCGGAGUGAAGAGGUCAUAUGAAAAUGAUUUAGAUUCUACAAAUACUAGUCACAGCUCUUCUAUAGUUACACCUACUAGUAUUAUAGCUAGUAAAAUACAAAAGUUAGUCUUUGAUGAUAAUAAACAGCAUUUUCCAUUAUCUUCAAGCAUAUCCUUAAGCAGUGAACAAUUUGAUUCUAAUGAGCACAUUCCCAUAUUAUCUUAUCCCACUACCCCAGUGAAAAAAGUUUGUAAAGGUAGCUGUAAGUUAAGUCCUUUUAAUCGAAGAAAGUUUGCAAGGAAAGUGGAAUUUGCUACUCAUUCUCUAUCAUGUGAUGGAAAAGCAUUGCAAUCAGCCAAAUAUAAGAAAAAAUACAAUGAAGAACAAUCAAAAUUGACCAAAUAUAGACCAAACCAGAAAUUUGAUAUUAUCAAAUCAUUGUUUGAAAAGAGCAGAAUUCCUGUGGAGGCCAUAUUGAAAUACCUGUCAAAUGAAGAUAUAUAUAACUUCAUUCGGGUUAGUGAUACAUGGCGUCAUAUUUGGGAGAAUUGUUUAGCAGAGAAAAAUAAGAAAAAACAGGAAUAUGUGAAAUAUCAAGAAGCAGUGUCAAGUAAUGUGGAGAACUGGGAAAAUGGGGUGAUACCUAAGCUACCUGACAACAUACAGGCUAGGACACUGAGGGAAAUACAGAAUGAAACAAGGCAACCUCAAUCUAGCCCUCCGGGAACUCCAAGAACAAAUAAGUUCCAAAAAUUUACAAGAGCAGCUACAGAGGAUAGCCGUACUCAGUUGUCAUGUGUGAAAUGCCAGUAUCCUGCCAAAGUAACCAAGGAGAUGUGUGGGGAAACAUGGGCUGAAUGUACCAAUGCAACUUGUGCCUACCAAUUCUGCAAAUCUUGUAAAGGAAAAAGACACACAGGAAAAAGUUGUUUGCAGUAUGAUCUAAAUGAACCUAGUCCCUCUAAACGUAAAAAGAAUUUCUAUCCAAUAAGCUCGAAAAAAAGUAAAAAGAACUUGUGCAGAUUAUUAUGCUGACCAAAAUUAUGAGAUUCAACUUUCAAAACCAGAUUAAAUAUUUGAGUUGUUCAACAAUUCAAAUAUAUAUUAAUGAACACAUCCUCACCAUUACAAGUAAUUAAAAAGAUAUUUUGCAAGUAAAUCACAUUUAGAUCAAAUGUGAUCUAUUUGGCAAAUAAUUUCAUAGGGGGUCCCCCCCUAUUUGAUUGGAUUCCAAUUGAGAUUUUUUUUGUGUUGAUUGUCUGAUUUAGUGCCAUUUACUGUUUUAAUAUUUUGAACAGGUUCUCUUUUAGUUAUAAUAUAUAUACCUCAUUUGAUUUUUUUAAAUAUGUGCCUGUACAUGACAUUUUUUUUUAAUUUUCUAGUUAGUGCCUAUAAGUACCUAUAUUUUAAGAUUUGCAUUAAAUUAAUUUGAUAUUAAUUUUCAAUUAUUAUGAACAAAUUAAAAAAAGAUUGUCGUAUAGAGAUGGUUGAAUUUUAUCAUUAUUUUUAAAGUAACAAGAUUCUUACGGCAAACAUUGUCUAGAUAUCACCUUAACAUUAAUUAUACAAAAGUUUCUCAAAAAAGUUGGAUAUCAGUUUGGGUUAUUGUGACACAAGCAUUAUUUAAAGUUCUUUGAUUGUAUAUUGUGUCACCACCACAACACAUUGAAUGUAUCUGUUUGACAAAUCAACCACUCUUGGAUAGUAAAGUUAUACAGAACUGGUGUAAGAACCUCAUUCUAUAUCCCUUAUAAGACUGUUAUAAACAUCACUAAAAAAAUUACUCAGUGAUUAGUUAUAGAUUUUAGCAUUUUAGAUCUGCAUUUAUAAGCAUUUGGUUGACCUAUCAUGAGCUCUAACUGUAGUAUGAAGAUUUUCUAAGGUAAUAAAAGUAGUAUUGUGCUCUCUCAAGGAAUAGUCUCAGACUGGAUGUAUGUUGCACCUUAGAUUAAUUUUAUACUAAUGUAGAGAAUAAUGAAAACGUUAACACCUUAUAAAGCCUUUGGGUAUUAAAUCAACGGAGUGACCACUCUUACAAGCAUUCCCCUCUGCCAAAGAUACAAAAUAUACCGGAUAUAUAAAAUAUACGAGUUGGUGAUUGUGUGCAUAGUUUUUAAGCUUGUGGUCGGUAUUAUUUUUGUUUGUGUGUGCUGUUGACAAUGCAAUUCAUAAUAAAAUCGUAUUAAGAUGAUGCGACUUUUUCGUAUAUGCUCUCCGAGUGAUUUAAUGCAAAAAGUACUAAAUAAUGCUCAAUAAACAUUUUGAAUCCCACCAUGAAUGACGUAGCCAUUUUUUAGUUAUAAAUUUGAUAAAUGUAAAUUCUAAUUUAAGUAAUUGAUUCAUUCCAUUUUAUUACAAUGCAGCAUUUUAAUACUCUGUUAGUAUUAAUAUUCUUUAAACAUUUUGUAUUAUUUUAUGUGUGAUAAAUAAUAAGAAUGGAACAAACAAUAGCUUUAUUAUCCAGUAAGCUCAUUAUUUCUAGCAGUUUUUUUUUAUUUCUACCAUACAUAAAUUAUUUAAAUUACACUGUAGCUCAACUUUUUACCUACUUGUAAUAAUUGGAAUAUUGCAACGAAAACCAGUUCAAAGUAACUAUAUAAUUUAAGCAGUUUUAUUUGUCCCAAUUGUUAAAAUAAGUUGUAAAUAUUUUAUGUAAUACUUGUCAUAGAGGGACCCAUUUUUAUUUGGAAAUUUCAUAAUAAUUCCUAUUUAAUUUUAAUAUGUAUGUUAUCUCCAUAACACAUUGUAUACUAAACUGUGCAAAUGUACAUUUUGUUGAUCUUGAUCACCAACAAAUUCAAACCCAACAGACUAGUUUCGUUUUAGUUAUGUAUGUUUUAUGGAGAUAAUAAAAUGAUUCGAAUAAAUUCACGUUUUAUUACGUAAUAAAGACAAUAUUUUGACGCAUAAAAA